AUGGCGGCCAACGAGGCGUCCUUCAAGGAUAUCCCAGAAAUAUACGAGGUUGAACUUGGGGAGGCACUCACCUCUCGAACGGAGGCGCUAUCUACGUUUCGUGAGCUUGGCCCCCCGGAUUUAUGUCACGUCGUCAAAACAACUGGUCGCAACGGUCAGCGCGAUCUUGGUUCAUACCACUACAUAUCUGGAGUUGACGCUUCUUCAUCUGCAUCCCUCGCCGCAUACAUCAACUCCCUGACAUACGCUAUCGAAGAGAACGUGGCAUGGUUUUCGAAAACCCCAACUUGGAAGGUCAAAAAUGGAUGUUACUGUUGCUUCAACGCUUUCUCUCGUGUGGACAUGCGUGUCGACGUUAAGAUACCUGGAGGGGUGAAUGCAUACGUGAUUGAUCUGCGUGGCGAACGACAUGAAGCGACACCCGAAGUCUGGCAGGAAACAUACGUCUCGGCGCUGCUACGCGCAAUUCUGUACUCGGAUGACCCGACGUAUUGGCUUGAGGCAUACCGCAAACUAGACCCUCUCACGUCUCCUGAAGGCGAACUCCGAUUCCUGCAAGCUGCGGAGAGUCUUUUCACCAAGGGUUGGCAGGUCGGGUCUGACCCCGAAAUUCAAGUUGCAACGGUUGUUUCAAAUCAUCUGACUGCGGGCAUCAUGAAGUACUUCGGGGACAGCGGGCGGUAUCAACAAGCUGCGAACCUCUUUGAAAAACUCGCAGUGCACGAACCCGAAGUGUCUUCCCUCCUGGCCAAGAGCUACAUCGGCAUGAAUGAGGAAGUAAAGGCUGUGCAAAUUAUCUCUGCAGCGAUGAGGCAAACACCGCAAUCGUAUACCCUCCUCCACGUUCAGUGCGACUUCUUGAGGUCGAAAGGCAAACAUGAAUGGGCCCUCAAGUUGGCACGACAGGCAGUCAACUGCGCUCCAAGCGAAUUUGUCACCUGGGAAAAGCUUACAGACCUCUACAUUGACCUUGGCCAGUAUGAAUCAGCGCUGUUGACGCUCAAUUCGUGCCCAAUGUUUACCUUCAAUGGCCGUGAUGCGCACCGUAUUCUUCCAGCCUCGAGGAUCCACUCACCUUUCCAUCGACCUAUUGGAGACAUCUUGCCUGACAAGCAGAAGACUGAGGAUGACGAGGCAGACCCAGCCCUUCAGCGCCUACCAGCUCCCGGCCUCAGAGGAACCUGGGCAAGAGCUUACGCGUUGCUCACACGGCUGGUAUCUCAAAUCGGGUGGGAUGAGCUGCUCAAAACCCGGAGCUACGUAUUCGUUAUGGAGGAGGAGUAUCGCAUGCAGAAGGCGCAAGGAGACAUUCAGCAAGCUGCGGCUACCACCAACGGCCAUGAUGGGAUGGUGGUUCGACCGUCCAUGGACGAUCAAGCUUCUACGCGGGCUAUCAUGUCUGCACCUAGUGUUGAAUCGGUCGCACAUUCGCCGAUACCUACCAUCAAGGUUUCGGCUGAUGAGGAGGAGGCGAAGAAGGAAGUGGAUGCUCCUGCUCCCGCUAAUGGCCAGCAAGUGAACGAUAUGGACACGCUUGAGAAGCCGGUGCAGGCUGCUGGGGAAGGGGAGCAGAACAUCAAUGAAUCGUCCCCUCCCCCCGCUCAGGAGCCCUUUUCGUUCAGCAACAAGAGGCUUUGCGAGAGAUGGCUUGAUAAUCUUUUCAUGGUCUUGUAUGAGGAUUUGAGGGUUUGGACGAUCUUCCGUGCUGAAGUCGCUCACUUUAAAACCCAGCACGUUGCCUACCGUAAGACCGGCCUUGAAUGGGAAAUCUUGGGUGAUUUGGGAAUGCGUUUGCAUCAUAAGGAGGAGGCAAAGGAGGCGUACCAGCGAUGCCUCGACUCACCGCGGUACUCUCAGAAGCCAUGGGCCAAGCUGAUGGAGAUGUAUGCUGAAGAAGGCGAUAUCCAGCGCUCGAUCCAGACUGCCAUUCGUGUUGCGGCUUAUCAGUAUGCUGAGUAUACUGAGAUGACGUAUCCUACUCAAAUCGCGCGAAGCUUCUUCAAGCUCGGGCAGAUACAUGGCCAUGCCAAAAUUUCAUUCACGUUGCUGAGUAUGGGAUUGCCAGACCCGAUUCUUAAAAUUAUGGAUAGCUAUCUUCAGUAUGGGAAGACGUUCAAAGUUGAGGGGUAUGAUUUCUGAUACUUCAUAGAGCUGUUGUUGUUGUUGUUCUUCAUUCGUAAUAAUACCCCCUUUAAUUUCCUCUUUGACGAAUUCAUCUUCAAGAAGUGUAGCAUCUGGUUUUUGUUCGAACUAUGUAUAUGUUUUCUUGGGCUCCC